AUGGGGGUUGCAAUUUCGAAGAAGAAAGUGGUCAAUUCGUUUGAGAGAUUAACGAAACAGACAGCGACAGGCUAUGGAACGCUGGAAGGCAAGUGUGAAAUGAUUGGAUUUAAAUACUACGAUAUGAUUACCAAGGAACAAUUAACUCUGUACCAAGCUCUUGAUGAUAUCAUGGCUUAUACACGUUCACACAACAUGAAUCCUAAGGAGGUCCAAUACUGUUGGCUAUCCCUUCAUCUGGGACUUGGUUUGUGUUUCCAGCUUAAAGUAACGGACAGUAAACCCAUUCGUCGAUUUUUGUUGGAGCUUCUUCAGUACAGUCGCGGGAUCGACAUGGGCCUGUUCAUGAGAGAUUUCAUGUACUACGAUAAUCUGUCAGUGUCUAACGAAGCCCUGGACAAAGCUUACUACGUCAUUAAAAUGGCUGCUGGUUUUGUUGUGGAUUUCACGAACAACGAGUUAGGAGAGAAACUAUUCAAGGGCCCGGCUAAGACUGCGUAUAAGGAACUGAUUCAGCAGCGUCGGGCGUAUUAUCUGGAUGUCCCUAUCGGUCACCCAACUCUUCUGAUGACCAGCAAUACCUCAUCUGAUAACCAUAUCGGAACACAGUGUCUUACUUUGGCGUGCGAGAAUUUGAAACCGGAAGUUGUUCUUCUUCUGCUCCAAUAUGGCGCCUCUCCACACGGAAAACCACUCGAACACGUGCUCCGAAACCUCGGAUCCCAACAGAUUAUCGAGGAAGCGAUAGGGCAGGGCAUAUCCGAUAAUCCUAUGGAAAUGUUAGAAACAUGUUUAAAAUACCUGCUGAGAGCGGUCAAAAACCUUCACAUAAACUUCGAUGGUCAAACCGUGGCGGAUUUGAAGAAUAAGUCCCCCCAUAUUUACUACAUGCGGGAGAGCGCCGCUAGAUAUCUGCCAAGUGACUACUAUAAAUCGCCUCGGAAGCUGAAACAACUGUGUCGAUGUGAAAUUCGAGAUAAUCUCCUGAAAAAUGACCAGUUGCCUUCAGGAUUUUCCAAACUUCCUGGUCUUACGGACCAUCUAAGCCAGUAUUUACAGCUUGUGUGUUAG